UUCCGGUAUUUUCCUCACCACACGUGUUGUCGUUUUGAGAUGUCCGAUUCAAAAUUCGCUUUGGAACAGCUCUCAAAACAUGGCUGGAAGGAAGGUUCUGGACUUGGUAAGAGCGAGAGCGGUAUUAAAGAAGCAAUCAAAGUGAAACUCAAGCAUGAUACCCAUGGGGUUGGUCAUAGCAAAGGAGACGAGUUUGCUUUCCAUUGGUGGGAUCACGUGUUUAAUAAAGCUGCCAGUAACAUCAGCGUCAACUCCACAGAGGAUGGUGUGAAGGUGAAUAAAUCAAAGGACACCAAACGGAUAUCCACGACUACCACAAAAACUUUUGACAAUAAAGCCAUGCUGUAUGGCAAAUUUCUCAAGGGUGCAACACUAUCCAAUGGAAAUUACGAGGCUACUAAUGUGGAGGAUUCUGAGGAUGAGGAAAGUGAAGAGGAAACAAAACCAGCAAGGAUACAGGACAUAGAUGAUGCUGAGCUCCUAAAGGCUUGUGGUGGAAUGACGGGUCACAAGGCUGCCAGACAUGGUCACAAGUUGAAUGGAAAAUUAGCACGAAUUGAAGAACAAGAAGCUUUGUUAUUGGCUAAAUACAAAACUGGAAAAACCAAAGUGAAAGAAAGAGAAAAUGUUACUGAAGAUAAAAUUCAGAAUGGAGAAGAUAAUGACAUACUACAGAAUGAUUGUAGUCCAAAGGAAAUAAAGAAGAAAGGAAAGAAGGACAAAUCAGAAAGGAAGAAACGUAAAAGGGAAAAGGAGGACUUGGAGUGUGUCUCAGCAGAGGAGGCCAUAGACACAGAUUCAAUUUGUAACCAUAAAAAGCAAAGGUGUGACGAGACUUCAGAGACUAUGGAGGAUGAUACAGACACAAGAAAGAAGAAAAAGAAAGAAAAGAAGAGGAAGAGUAUAGAGAUAUCUGAUAUUGUGGUUGAGGACAAUGAUUGUGAUAGGGGAUCAAAUAAGAGGAAAAAGAAAGACAAAAAACAGAAGUCUGAUGUGUGUGAGACUGAGCUUAGUGAUAACGAUUCAAAAAAGAAGAAAAAGAAAGAUUUAAAAAGACAGUCCUUUGAGGAUGAGACUCCAUUAAAUAAUGAUUUACAAGAUGACACAAAGACAAAAAAGAAGAAAAGUAAAAAACGAAAGAAAGAAAAAUCAAGUGAUUAAUUUGAGAAAUUUAUAUUAAAAUUAAAUUAAAAGUAAAACGAGAUUGAUAUUUAAUGCAUUACAUUAUUCAAAGCAAGGGAACUAUUUAUGGUAAUGAAUAUUUCUUUUUUUG